CAGCUCAAGGUGUUUCCCUUUGCCUGGAAACCGGAAGGUGUGGCUGAGGCAGGGCAUGGAGGAGAGCAGCUCAACUAAAAAGUGGUGGAGAGGAGCCCCGCUCUUGGAUCUCUCUGGUUCCCCCAAAUGCUGGGGACCAGCUCCCCCAGGCUAAAGGAGACAAGUGAGUAGGGAGCCACCUGGGAAGAGCAUUUCAGGACUGGGGGCUUGAAAAAGGCUUGGGUCCUUCUUGCCUGCUGGGAGCCUGGGGUUUGGGUCCAGCCCUAGGACAAGAGGUGAGGUGGGAGCUGAACUCCUUAGGAAGAGUUCCCCGAACUCCAGCACACGUGCAGGGCCCCCUGCUGUGAACCAGAGCCCCGGGUAACCAGGCCCCCAGAUCGGUGGGGGAGAUGAGAAUAAAGUGCACCCCCACCCCCACCCCAGGUCUGGACCAGGACGAGGGCCCAGUAGCAAUGCCGGCCGCCUGAGCUUCACACCAUGUAUACAUACUGCUGCCUGGCGCCUGGGCAGGACGUCUGGCCUCUGCUGCAGCACCUCACCUACACCUACCUGCCCGCCCCUCCGCUGCUGCCCCCCAUUCAGGCCCACAACUUCUGCAGCCGGCCCCCGAGCCUGAGCGCGGGCGAGUGGGCGGCUCCGAGGGAAUACCACUGCUUCCACGCCACAGGCGCGACGCUAGUGAUCACGCCGCCCUUGUGGGCCUUCCCGCAGGCCUACGCUGCGGCCCUGCAACCACCGUUCCCAGCGCCCGGCUACCCAGGGCCGUCGCUUCAGAAGCCCGCAGAUGCGGGGCUGGCGGCGGUCGAGAGCGGGACGCAGUGGCCGGAAGGCAGCAGCCUGCACGCUGAGCUGCACUGGGGCCGCGUGGAACGUACGCUCCCGCCGGGCCUCGAUCUGCCGGACUUCGUGCGCCGGGAGUUGCGACGAGCGUACGGCACGUACCCACGCACCGACGUGCGCGUCACCUAUCGCGGCGGCGAGUUCCUGCUGCAGGGUGCACCGCGCGUGCGCGAGCCCGAGUACCGUACGGAGAGGCGAGUGCUGCGCCGGCCAGCCAGCAGCUGCAGCGGCUACAGCAUCCCCGCGGGGGAAGCGGCGGAGCGCGGCCGCCGGAAGAAGAGGAAAAACUUGAGCUGAGGGCGCCGCGAGGCCCGGCGGCCGGCCAGGGUCCAGACCCUUGAAGUCUCUCAACUUACCCCAUCUCGGGACUUCCCUGGUGGCUCAGUGGUUAAGAAUCCGCCUGCCAAUGUAGGGGACGUGGGUUUGAGCCCUAGUCCGGGAAGAUCCCACAUGCCGCGCAGCAACUAAGCCCAUGCGCCACUACUACUGAGCCUGCGCUCUAGAGCCCGCGAGCCACAACUACUGAGCCUGCAAGCCACAACUACUGAAGCCCGCGUGCUCUAGGGCCCACGUGCCGCAGCUACUGAGUCCGCAUGCCUAGAGCCCGUGCUCCGCAACAAGAGAAGUCACUGCAAUGAGAAGCCCGCCCGCGCACCGCAACGUGAAGAGUAGACCCCGCUCACCGCAACUAGAGAAAGAUCGCACGCAGCAACGAAGACCCAACACAGCCAAAAUUAAUUAAUUAAUUUUUAAAAAAGAACUAAGUACACAUCCCCCAAAAUUCCAUUCACAGGAAUUUAAAAACAAAAAAAACACUUCCCCAUCUCUGAGAAUCCGCAUUGCUCACAUUCUUCCCCCAAGUCUUCCACAUAUGCCCUGGAAAUGCCCAGAGACUGCAAACAGUAUACCCCUAUCCCCCAGCCCCAGUGAGGGAGGAGGCCCCCAAUUACAGGCUUUUUGAAGGAAGUGCUGCCACUCAGCUCAGUCCAACAUGCCAGUCCUUCCAAACCCCAGUGCUUGCUCCAGCCCUAAGGAUGUAAAGAAGCCCUGCAGGGAGCCUAGAUGCUUCUUUCUUUGUUCUUUCUUUGUUCUUUUCUUUGAACUUAACCCUUAGAACUCAUAAAACAUCUGGGCUGCCAGGGACUUUACUGUUCACCUGACCUUAUGCUGGGAAACCGAGGCCAGAGAGAAGGAGUGACUCACCCAAUAUCACACAGUAGGUGGGAAUCCAGAGCGUCUAGAUCCCAGCAGGGCUUGGGCUACCAAACUCAUCUUGGUGGCCUUCUCCUCCUGGCCUUGCCCCAGCUUUACCCAACCCUGGCAUCUGGUCUAGAGCCCUUUGCUCAAUAAACCCUGACUGACCAAUUUUAAACCCUGUCCUACCUCCCAGCUGGGUAGCUCACAUCCUACUGAAGGGAGGAUAAUAAGAAUCAUAACAGGGAGUUCCCUGGUGGCCCAGUGGUUAGGAUUUGGUGCUUUCACAGUGGAGGCCCAGGUUCGAUCCCUGGCCAGGGAACCAUCCCGCAUGCCAUGUGACAUGGCAUAGCCAAAAUACACACACACACACACAAAAGAAAAAAGAAUCAUAGCAAUCUCACACACUUAACUCAGAACUUACUAUGUGCAGGCACUGUGCUAGAGCCCUGUACAAAAACUAUCAUUUAAUCUUCACAAAAACCUUGAUGUGGAUAUAAUUAUUAUUCCCAUUUAUAGAUUAGGAAACUGAGGCCGAUAGAAGUUAACAACUUACCCAAGGGUACACACAGAGAAUACACCUGGGAAAUCUGACUGUAGCCUUAACAUCUAGGCCAAACUGCCUCUUCAUACAUGAGACACACUCAGCAAAAUACAAGGAACGUUUAUUGAACAGCCACUCUGUGUAGGACACAGGACUAGACACUCUGGGGCUCGUGAAUCAAGCCCCACUGGAAGCGGAGUGCGGAGGAUUUGUAGGAGAUCGUAUGCAUCAUUGAGGGGUUGAAGAAGAUUCUUGUAAGAGGCAUCUGAGAGAGGCUUUGAAGGAUGUAUAGGAUUCCAACAGAUAGCGAUGGAAUGGAGGUGUCCCAGGGAGAACUGAGGAGGGAUCAGCAUGAAUAAAAGCAUGCAGCGGGAGCAGGAAGUAGCAGGGUUUCAUUGGAGGACAGGUUAUAACCAGGGAGCAAUGGAAGAUCAGGCUUGAAAGCUAAGUGGAGGCCAUACUUUGAAAGACUUUAAUGGCAAGGUGAGGAGUUUUGGGGAGCCAUUGAAGUCUUUGACAAGAAGAGUAACUCGAAGUUAUUAAAAGUUCUGGCAGGUGGCAGCACCUGGCUGGGACGCUGUGAGUCUGAGAUAGCAGGUCCCCCAUGACCUCAGUAUUGACAGUACAGCACAGCCAGGCACCAGAACUGAGUCCCCAGGGCAUUUGCUAGAGCUCACAGCCUAUGGAAUUCAGUUCUCAGAGCCAGAUGGCCAAAGUUCUCUUAGCCUUGAUGCUGCUC